CAGAUUGAACAGAAAUUCCAGGGAUCAGUAUCAUUUAAAGAUGUGAUUGUGGGCUUCACCCAGGAAGAGUGGCAACACUUGGACCCUACUCAGAGGUCCCUGUAUAGAGAUGUGAUGCUGGAGAACUACAGCAACCUUGUUUCAGUGGGUUAUUGUGUUACCAAACCAGAGGUGAUCUUCAGACUAGAGCAAGGAGAAGAGCCAUGGAUAGAGGAGGAAGAAUUCCCAAGCCAUCACUUCCCAGAAGUCUGGAAAGCUGAUAAUCUGACAGAGAGAAACCAAGAAAACCAAGAUAAACAUUUGUGGCAAGUUGUAUUCAUCAAUAACAAAACACUGACUAAGGAACAGGGUAAUAUAAUAGGAAGUCCAUUUAACUUGGACACAAAUUAUUUUCCUUCCAGAAAAAUACUCUGUCAGUAUGACUUUUAUGGACUGAGUUUGAACUGUAUUUCAGAAUUAGUAAUUAGUAAGAAAAACUAUUUAGGAAAAAAGCCUGAUGGAUUUAAUGCCUAUGGAAAAUUACUAAUUGAUAUUAAGCAUGAGAAAACUCAUAAUGGGAAGAAAAGUGAAAAUUUUCAAACUGGUAAAACCCUCAUUCCUAAUGAGGACUCUUUUCAGCAUGAGAAGACUCAAACUUUUGAACAAAAUUUUGAAUAUAAGGUUUGUGAGGAUGUCCUCCCUGAAAAGGUAGUAUUUAAUACAUAUGAGAGAGAAAACACAGAAGGCAAUGACAGUGAAUAUAACGAAUGUGGAAGAACUAUCUAUGAUAACUCAUCCCUCUUGUUCCAUCAGAUAGAUCCCUCAAGAGAGAAGCACUGUGAAUAUACUAAUUCUGGGAAAUCCUUAUGUGUAAAUCCAGCCCUCUUGAAUCAUCAUGGAAUACAUAUGAAAUCCCAUGAAUAUAAUGAAAAUGGGAAUAAUUUCAGGAACAAUUUAUACAUCUCACAAUUUAAGACUCAUAAAAAAGAGAAACACUUUCAAUGUAAUGAAUGUGGGAAAGCUUUCUGGGAAAAGUCACAUCUCACUCGACAUCAGAGAAUACACACAGGAGAGAAACACUUUGAAUGUAAUAAAUGUGGAAAAACUUUCUGGGAGAAGUCAAACCUCACUAAACAUCAGAGAUCACACACAGGGGAGAAACCUUAUGAAUGCAGUGAAUGUGAGAAAGCUUUUAGCCACAAAUCAGCCCUCACAUUACACCUGAGAACGCAUACAGGGGAAAAACCCUAUCAAUGUAGUACAUGUGGAAAAACUUUUUACCAGAAGUCAGACCUCACUAAACAUCAGAGAACACACACAGGGUUAAAACCCUAUGAAUGUUAUGAAUGUGGGAAAUCCUUCUGUAUGAAUUCACAUCUCUUAGUACACCAGAGAAUUCACACAGGUGAAAAACCCUUUGAAUGUCCUAAAUGUGGGAAAUCUUUCUGUCAGAAGUCACAUCUUACACAGCAUCAGAGAACUCACAUAGGGGAUAAGCCCUAUGAAUGUAAUGAUUGUGGAAAAACUUUCUACCACAAGUCAGUACUUACCAGACAUCAGAUUAUCCAUACUGGGUUGAAACCUUAUGAAUGUUAUGAAUGUGGGAAAACAUUUUGCUUGAAAUCAGACCUCACAGUACAUAAGCGAAUACACACAGGGGAAAAACCCUUUGCAUGUCCUGAAUGUGGGAAAUUCUUCAGCCAUAAGUCAACUCUCUCCCAACAUUAUAGGACACACACAGGGGACAAACCCUAUGAAUGCAAUGAGUGUGGAAAAAUAUUUUACAAUAAAUCAUACCUAACAAAACACAAUCGAACACAUACAGGGGAGAAACCCUAUGAAUGCAAUGAAUGUGGAAAAACCUUCUGCCAGAAGUCACAGCUCACUCAGCAUCAGAGAAUUCACAUAGGGGAGAAACCCUAUAAAUGUAAUGAAUGUGGGAAAGCUUUCUGCCAUAAGUCAGCUCUAAUUGUACAUCAGCGAACUCAUAUAAAAGAAAAACCCUAUAAAUGUAGUGAAUGUGGAAAAUCUUUUUGUGUGAACUCGGGGCUUAUUUUACAUCAGAGAAAGCACACAGGGGAGAAACCAUAUGAAUGUAAUGAAUGUGGAAAAUCCUUUAGUCACAAGUCAUCCCUUACAUCAGACCUUGCUAAACAUCAGAGAUCACACACAGGAGAAAAACCAUAUGAAUGUAACACAUGUGGAAAAACUUUCUCUCAGAAGUCAAACCUCAUUGUACAUCAAAGAACUCACACAGGAGAAAAAUCUUAUGAAUGA